AUGUCGGUAUCAUCAUCAUCAUCAUCUCGUGUUUUUGACACCAUUAAUGAAUGUCUCAUACUGGUACAAUCAGAUUCUCAUGAAACUCAGGAGAAAGGUCUUCAAACAUUGGCUGCCGUCACCAAGGUAAGUCCCCAGAACAGAACUUUGCUAGCUCAGAUAGAUGGAGCAAUCUCAACAUUGGCCACACUCACAAAUGCUUCCUCCUCCAUUAUCCAAACCCUUUCCUUGUUGGUCCUCUUUAACCUUUCCCUCAACCUUGAUCUAAAGCAAUCUCUUGCAGAUAUGGAAACCAUUUAUCACCUCAAUUCUCUCAUUAACUCAUCAUCAUGUUCCAUUGAUUCAUGCAAACUUGCCUCCUCAUUGAUUUGCAGUUUGGCCAUGUUUGAUAAAAACAAAGCCAAAUUUGGGGUAGCAGGUACUGUUCAGUUGCUGGUGAAGGCCAUUGAAAGUUCUCUUCUUGAUUCUGCCGAUUCACAUCACCUUUUGAGUUCUUUGGCUGAACUUGUUCAAUUCCAUGGAAAUUGUACUUUGGCUGUUCGAGGUGGAGUGGUUCCGGUGCUGCUUCAAGUUGUUCAGAGCACUGAUAAUAACAAUGAGGAUUUAGCUGGAACAUCUCUUACUGUUCUUGGUCUGCUUGUGAGGUUUGAUGAAGGGUUGAAUGCAGUGAAGAAAACAAAUGAGAUAAUAAGUUCAAUGUUAAGUGCGUUAAGAAGAAGGUCUUUGUUGUGUAAGGAAGGUGCAGUUGAUAUUCUUGUUCGACUUUUUGAUGACAGUGAUGAAUGUGUUAGAGAGGCUUUCAUGUUUUCAGAAUUCUCAAGUCUGUUGGCUGAUAUUUCUGUAAGAGGCUCAGCAAGAGUGAGGGAUAAGGCUGAUUUGCUAAUGAGGAAGAUUGCAAAGGUGAGCUUAGAGACUAACAUGGAAUUAGCUUGCUCCCUGUAUGAUUAUUAG